AUGAGGAAGGUCGAGCAAGCCGGAUUCCAGAAAUCUCUCGAGAUCCACUUCCAAGCCAAGACCAAGCAGCGGGGCUUGACUGCUGUGACCAACCUGGAGGACGAAGAAGAUGAGGCUGUCUCGGAGGCAACGGGCGUCUCCGUUAUCAUGGAGCCCAUUUCGGAAAGCGCAAGGGCUGCGCUGGUCAGUUAUUUUCUGAACCCCACGAUCAAGCAGGAGCAAGAAGAAGGGCCACAGGCUGUAUGUUACAGCCAGCCCAACCAACGUAGGCCAACCCAUACAAGACACUUCUUGUCCGGUGAGCUCUUGCUUCUUCAGGACAUCUUCACAAAGGUCCCCGUUCGGGACACGAAGUACCUCAGGCUCCUGGGCAAAGGACAAAACCGCGUUACCUAUGAGCUGGAUGGUCAAAGGGUGCUGAAGUUGGCAAACAGCUCUCAUGGCAGUGAGGCUGGUGUGUCAAGGUCCUUUGGCACCGUGACUGCCAGAGUUUACUGGGAAGGAUGGAUCACAGUUGGCAUGUACCACAAUAGAGAGUUCAAGAAUGAACUAUUUUAUGGGCUUGUGCAGGAACGUGCACUUCCAGCCCUGGGUAUCCUUCCGACCAUGGAUGCUCACGAGAAGGCCGAGUUCUUUUGGUACCUGGCCUCGGUUUUCACUUGGAUCGAGGCGAGGGGAGUGGUCUUAAAGGACAUAGGGCCAUCAAAUGUUGCGGUGGCAAACCGUGUGCCGCCCUUACGGGUGAGGCUCUACGAUCUCCAGUCUUGGGAGUUCGGCCAGCACAGGCGCUCUCGGGGUGAUGAGGGUUUCCUCCGGUUAGUGGGCCAGUUCUCACCUGAGGUCCUGGAGCAGCUAAGGGCUGUUUGGAACCCUCUAAGGCUGAACUACCCGGCCAGGUUCCUCAAGUGCGCGGAGAAUUCCCCUAGCUACCAUUCCCUGCUUCGUGAACAUCAAUGCAUGUCAUCCAAGGGCACCCUGAGCACCUACUUCAACCCGGACUGA